AUGGCCGCUUUCGCUUUCACCAACUGCCCCACUGCCGCCGUCUUUGGCCGCUCUGGUUACAACAAGGACGGUGACGAUGACAAGGACGAGCAAAAGUUGUUUGGCCGUUCUGGCUACAACAAGGAUGGCGACAAUGACGACGAUGACAAGAAGAACUUUGGCCGAUCCGGCUACAACAAGGGCGGCAAGAACGAUGACGACGAGGAGCAAUAA